AUGGCGGGCGGCGCCGCGGACGGCGAGGGGCUGGCGCGGCGGGGCGGCUCGGCGCGGCGGCCCGGAGACCAGGCGGAGGCCGGCAGCCCCGGGCCGCUGUCCGCUGCUGACGCGCCGGCCGAGGGCGCCGCGCUGCCCACCUGGAUGCGCCUCUACUUCUACGGAAUGCACGGCAUCACCCUGGACGUGCUCGUAUCCUCGGCGCGGCGCUUCGCGCGCAGCCCGGACCUCCGCAUGCUGGGCUUCUCCUCGCCCUACCGCUGCGUGCUGCACUCGCUCACCCACUUCGCCCUGGAGAAGGUCUACCUGCAGCAGCGGGGCUGCCCCAGCGCCUUCGUUUUCAAUUUCCUGCUCUACCCCUCGGCUCACGUGGGCUUGCAGACCCUGGCGGGCCAGGCGCUGCUGCUGAGCCUGGGCAGCGGGCCGGGGGGCGCGGCGGCGCCGGGGGCGCUGGACCUGGCGCUGCAGUACGUGCUGGCGCUCUACCACUGCCAAGUGUUCCUGAAGCGCUUCCUGCGCCUGCGGUACCGCCGGCAGCAGCAGCAGCAGCAGCAGCCUCAGCAGCCGAGCGCGCCUCCCGCCCUUCCCGGCGCCCGGGCCCUGGCGGCGGCCGGGGGCCGGCGGCGAAGACCCCGCGGGCCCAGGGGCGCCGGAGGAGCCCCCAGGCAGGGGCUGCCGGACCUGCUCCGUUUUCUCUUCUUCGGAAUGCACGGCUUUCUGGACGAGAUAUUCUUCACCUUCUUCUUCAACGUGCUGGGGCAGGGGGACGGGGCAGCCAGCGGCCACACGUCGCUCUGGUCCUUCUUUAUGUACGGCAGCUGCAGCUUCGUGGUGGAAAAGUUCUACUUCCACCUGCACUGCAGCCGCGGCUGGAGCACCUGGAAGCGGGUCCCCAUCUAUGUACUCGUCAUCUACGCGUGGGAGUUGACCUGGGGCCUGGGACUCCGCACGUGCGGGGCUUGUUCCUGGGACUACUCACACUACCCGCUCAAUUUCAUGGGUCUCAUCACCCUGAUGUAUUUACCUGGUUGGAUAUUCCUCAGUGUCUACCAGGACCUACUUUCCAAGGUGUUGUGGCGGGUGCAGUACGUACCCACUAACUAA